GGCUGUAAGGACCAUGAAAACCAGGAGACCAGUCAAGCUUCACCUCAAUCGUCAACACAUCGUCAGCGACACAUUGCCCAGCAAGUCUAAUAUCUCGACCUAAUCCGCACCAUCAGCUCGUCAAAAAAACAUAAUCUACUCUAUCAAGAUGCCUGGCGUUACCGACAGUGCCCCUGCCACUGGCAGCCGAUUUGACCGCAUCCCUGGCCCUCUGGGUUUGGCCUCUGCUUCGCUCGAGGGCAAGGUGGCUCUCGUCACUGGUGCCGGUCGUGGCAUUGGCCGUGAAAUGGCUAUGGAGCUUGGUCGCCGUGGUGCCAAGGUGAUCGUCAACUAUGCCAACAGCAAUGAGUCGGCGGAAGAGGUCGUUGCGGCCAUCAAGAAGAACGGUUCGGAUGCGCGCUCCGUCAAGGCCAACGUUUCGGACGUGGACCAGAUUGUUAAGAUGUUCGACGAGGCAGUCAAGUUCUGGGGCAAGCUUGAUAUUGUGUGCUCCAACAGUGGUGUGGUCUCAUUCGGCCACGUGAAGGACGUCACUCCGGAGGAAUUUGAUCGCGUCUUCAACAUCAACACUCGUGGCCAGUUUUUCGUCGCCCGCGAGGCGUACAAGCACCUCGAGGUGGGGGGGAGACUGAUCAUGAUGGGCUCCAUUACCGGUCAAGCUAAGGGUGUUCCCAAGCACGCUGUUUAUUCUGGCAGUAAGGGUACAAUCGAGACGUUUGUGCGAUGCAUGGCUAUUGACUUCGGCGAUAAAAAAAUCACGGUCAAUGCCGUCGCACCCGGUGGCAUCAAGACGGAUAUGUAUCACGCCGUUUGUCGCGAGUACAUCCCAAAUGGCACUGAGCUUGACGAUGAGAGCGUUGACGAGUACGCUUCUACUUGGUCGCCCUUGAGACGAGUUGGUCUCCCAAUCGACAUUGCCCGCGUUGUUUGUUUCCUCGCUUCGCAAGACGGUGAAUGGAUUAACGGUAAGGUACUUGGCAUCGAUGGUGCCGCUAUGAUGUAAACACACUUCAGUUAUGAGGAGAGGAAGCAAACUGCAUGGGAAAUACUUCCUCGCCUCCAUGCGAAACUUGCGGCAUGAAUCGAUGCCAAUGUUGGAAGAUGGAAAUGUCAUUCUGGGUUUCUCUCAAGUUAAUAGACUUAUAUAUCCCAGGAACUAAUUGCACAAUUACCUUCUUAAAUUU